AUGAUGGCAUUGAUAAAGCAAACAGAUUUUUUCUAUUUAUUUGACUCCCAUGCCAGAGACUCCAGUGGCAUGCCUGAUCCUAAUGGCACUGCUGUUGUCAUGAAAUUUGCUAAUAUUCCAGGAUUAGAACAAUAUUUGUAUUCUCUUUCAAUGAUAUUGCAUGCCAAUUCAUUUGAAAUUGUACCUGUGCAAUUAAAUAUUAAACGUGUACGUAACGCUUCAGAGCAAAAAAGUAAGUGUGUAAAAGAUCGAGAGUAUGUUCAGAAAAAGAGGCUUUCAGUAGAAACUGAAGGUGAUAAACAAGCUAGACUUAAGAAAGCUAGUGAGUACAAAAAAACAAAGCAGUCAGAGGAAACUGACAGUGAGCAACAAAUAAGACUUCAAAAAUUAAGUGAGUCUAUUAAACAGAAACGCUCAGUCGAAACUGACAGUGAACGACAAAUUAGACUUGAAAAAGAUAGUGAGUCUAAAAAAAGAAAGCGGUCAGAGGAAACUGACACCAACAGACAAAUGAGGCUUCAAAAGGAUAGUGAGUCUAAAAAAAGAAAGCGCUCAGAAGAAACUGACAGUGAACAACAAGUUAGACUUAAAAAAGAUAGUGAGUCUAAAAAACGAAAGCGAUCAGACGAAACUGACACCAACAGAAAAAUGAGGCUUGAGAAAGAAAGACUUAAUAAAAAACAAAAGCGGGCAAGAAAAGUGUCACAACCUCAACAUGAAAUAAAUCAACCGGAUUAUUUAAAUAUGUUUGACAACACCAAUAAUGGUGGUAUUGAAGAGCAAUGUUGGGCUAAGGCUAACAUUAAUAAGUUUAAUAAGUCUGUGCAAUACAUUGUCAGUCAGUGUACAGAAUGUAAGGAGGUAUGGCCCUUGAAGUCUAAACCAAGGACACCUUACAUAUGUUCCCGAUGCUCCAGAGAUAAAAAAUCUCCUAAAAAGUUCUCUAGUGAAAAUUCAAUGAUACCUUCAUGUGUUCCACAUGAACUGCAAAAUUUAACUCAGAUUGAGGAAAUGUUGAUUGCUCGUGCUUUGCCCAUCAUGAGAGUUUAUAUUAAACCUGGUGGUCAACGAGGUUAUUCGGGGCAUUGUAUUAACCUACCGCAAAAUGUCAAAGAACUUGCAAUGUCUUUGCCAAGAUAUCCUAAAGAUUUAGCUGUGAUUAUUGUCAAGGCUAAAGGUAGAGAAAACACAUUCAGAGAUGUGACAGUGCGAAAGCAAAAAGUGCACAAUGCUUUAGUUUGGCUUAUCAAUAAUAAUCCACAUUAUUCUGAGUUAUUAAUUAAUGAAGAUGCAUUAAAUUCAUUACCUGAAAAUGGUGUACCACCAGAUCUUAUGACUGUUGAGACUGAUGAUGAUAUAGUCUCAGAUGACAAUUGUUUUCCUGAUGUAGGUCCUCCUACUGAUAAUCCAUCAGAAGAUAUUGUUUAUAAUGACUCUGCUGAAAUGAGUAGUUUUUUACCUGUUGGCGAACAACAACAACAGGAAAUUGAAGCUGUUAGAAAUCAGCUGUCUGAAAAUGAGCCAAUGCCGUGGCCUUAA